GGGGGGGGCGUCCCAAGAUGGCGGCGGCCAUGCUGGGCCCCGGCGCGCUCCGAGCGCAGGCCGCGGCCCGGCCCCGCGGCGCGUCCCGGCCGCGCUGAGCCCCCGCCCGGGCCCGGCCCGCCCCGCGGCCGCAGCCGCCGCCGCCGCCAUGGAGGGGCCCGGAGCGGCGGCCCCCGGCGGGGGCAACGUGCCCGCGUUCCUCACCAAGCUCUGGACGCUCGUGGAGGACCCCGACACGGACGCGCUGAUCUGCUGGAGCCCGAGUGGAAGCAGCUUCCAUGUGUUUGACCAAGGCCAGUUUGCCAAGGAGGUGCUCCCAAAGUACUUCAAACACAACAACAUGGCCAGCUUCGUGCGGCAGCUCAACAUGUAUGGCUUUCGAAAGGUUGUCCACAUUGAGCAGGGAGGAUUGGUGAAGCCAGAGAAAGAUGAUACGGAAUUCCAGCAUCCCUACUUCAUCCGAGGGCAGGAGCAUCUCCUGGAGAACAUAAAGAGGAAAGUAACCAGCGUAUCCAGCAUCAAGAACGAGGACAUAAAGGUUCAGCAGGACAAUGUCACCAAGCUACUGACUGACAUCCAGGUGAUGAAGGGAAAGCAGGAGAGCAUGGACUCCAAGCUGGUCGCCAUGAAGCAUGAGAACGAGGCGCUGUGGAGGGAAGUGGCCAGCUUGCGGCAGAAGCAUGCUCAGCAGCAGAAAGUCGUCAAUAAGCUCAUCCAGUUCCUGAUCUCAUUGGUUCAAUCCAACCGCAUCCUCGGAGUGAAGAGGAAGAUCCCCCUGAUGUUGAACGACAGCAGUUCAGCACAUUCCAUGCCGAAGUACAGCCGCCAGUACUCCCUGGAGCACGUCCACGGCUCCUCCCCGUACGCUGCUUCUUCCCCAGCAUAUAGUGGCUCCAACCUGUAUUCCCCGGAUUCUUCAGGCAACUCUGGUCCCAUCAUCUCAGACGUGACCGAACUGGCCCAGUCCAGCCCCUCAGCAUCCCCCAGCGGCAGCCUCGAUGGAAGGAGCAGUCCCGUGGUGCGGAUCAAAGAGGAGCCCCCCAGCCCCAGCCGCAGCCCCCAGGUAGAGGAGGCCAGCCCAGGGAAGCCUCCUGCAGUGGAGACCCCUCUGUUCCCCUCCACCUUCAUCGACUCCAUCCUGCAGGAGAACGACCCCAGCGCCUCGGCUGCCGCCAGCGCCAGCCCCGCGCAGCCGCAGCCCCCGGAGAAGUGCCUCAGCGUCGCCUGCCUCGACAAGUGAGUGC